UAUAGGCGACCAAUUAAAUAGCCGAAUGGGACCGAAUGUUCCGUCGAACGCACAAUCGUCACCGCUCUGCUGUGCUGUGGAUCGUACGCAAAACCGAAAUCGGGUGCAGAAGAAGAAGAAGAAGAAGAAGCAGACCUGCACCACACACACACACAACACGGACCCGCGUUCGUCGGUUUUCCAUCGGCUAAAGGUCACCGAUCGCGGUUCGGUACCGCCACCGUAAAGGCUUGAUUUUAUAAAUAUCGGUCCGUCGCGUACGUCGCGCCCAGAUCGUCAACGUACGUCGCGUGGACAGUGUGUGCGCGCGCCCCGGGCAACCACACUCCCGAAAGCGUUAUAUCCCGAAAACGUGUUACAUCCCGAACGUGUGCGUACCGUUACGGUGUAACGGAACCGUUUAGUGCAAGUUACAUUUGGAAAGAAGCGACAGAUAAUGGUGUAACGCACGGGGGUGUGUUUAACGGUUGGAAAAUUUAAAAUUUAAAAUUCAAAAAAGUGUAAAAGUGUGGGAAUUUUUUUCAAAACAGUUACAACAUUCCCAGUUACAUCCCAGUACCAGUGCUAGCGAGUGUUCGGAAUUUCGUUUCGUUGUUUUUUUCUUGCGUUGAAGAGAAAAACAAUUCAAAAAAAAAUCGUUUAAAAAACAAACGGAAAACACGCCAGACAAUAUGGAAAAUUCGUUCGCUUCCGAUCGGUGGACGGUACGGCGGGCAACCGCACUGUUGACCGUGUUUUCUCCCCUGACAUUGGCCAUGCUGCUCAUACUGGCGUUUGUUUUGCUGAUGUUCAAGGCGCGCCGGGCCAAGAUGGUGAAGCUGAUUGACCAGAUACCUGGCCCCGUUUGUAUGCCGCUGGUAGGCAACGGGCUGCAAAUUAAUGUUGGCUGCAAAGAUGAACUGUUCGAUCGUAUUAUAGCGUCGAGAAAAAUGUUUGGCCGCCGACAAGGUAUUAGCCGCGUCUGGAACGGUCCCAUACCGUACGUGUUAAUUUCCAAAGCUUCCGCCGUUGAGCCAAUACUGAGCAACCCGAAGCUGGUGGAGAAGAGCAACGAUUACGAGUAUAUGAAGGCAUGGCUGGGGAAUGGUUUGCUUACGUCACCCGGAUACAUCUGGCAUCCGCGCCGCAAAUCGUUGACACCGGCGUUUCACUUCAAGAUACUGUCGGACUUUGUGACGAUCUUCCAGAAUCAGGCGGACGUGCUGAUCGAGAAGCUGACGGAGCACACGGUACAGGGUGAACCGUUCAACAUCGUGCCGUACGUGACGCUCUGCGCGUUGGAUAUUUUCUGCGAAACUGCCAUGGGAUGUCCAGUAUAUGCGCAAAAGAAUUCCAACUCGGAAUACGUUCGUGCUCACAAACAGUUAAGUAUUGGAGAGAAGAAGAGAAGCAGCAGAUCCAGAGUUCUUGAACUCUUGAAGAACAUCUUGAGAGAAGACCUAAGAUAUUCGUUACCAUCACUAAAGCUACUCUUUCAAUACCUCUCUGGUCGUUACAGAAUUGGACAAGUAAUACGAAACCGGUUGCAAAAAAUAUGGCUCCAUCCAGACUUUGUCUUCAAACGCACCAAAGAGUUCCAAAAGCAUCAGGAAUGUCUGAAGGUGUUGCACAACUUUUCAGAUCGUGUUGUCAGGGAACGGAAGGAAGAACUUCGGAAGCGUAAACAACAGCUAGAUCAGAAUAAUAACAGCAACGGAAACAACCAGAGUAGUGAUCCGGAAGGUGAUUGCAGUGUUCUUCAGGAGGGUAUAUACAGGAAGAAACAACUUGCCUUUCUGGAUCUUCUGCUCGAGGGUUCGGGUUUGUCGGAUCUGGCGAUCCGUGAGGAGGUCGAUACGUUCAUCAUCGGUGGCCAUGAUACGACAGCGGCCGCCAUGGCCUGGAUACUGUAUCUACUAGGUGCCGCACCGGAGAUACAGGAUCGGGUCAUACAGGAGAUCGACGAGGUGAUGGGCAAGGAUCGGGACCGUCGCCCAACGAUGGCGGAGCUGAACGAGAUGCGCUAUCUGGAGUGUUGCAUCAAGGAGGGUUUACGGCUGUACCCAAGCAUACCGGUAAUUGGACGGCGCCUGACAGAGGACGUGCGGGUCGACAACUACACCAUACCGGCCGGUACUACCGCGAUGAUCGUCGUGUACGAGCUUCACCGCGAUGCGUCCGUAUUUUCCAACCCGGACAAAUUCAACCCGGACAACUUCCUGCCGGAGAACUGCAUCGGUCGGCAUCCGUACGCGUACAUCCCGUUCAGUGCUGGGCCGCGUAACUGCAUCGGCCAGAAGUUUGCUAUACUGGAGGAAAAAUCCGUCAUCUCCGCUGUACUGCGCAAGUUCCGUAUCGAGGCGGUCAACCGACGGGAAGAUGUACAGCUGCUGUGCGAUCUGGUGCUGCGACCGAAGGAUGGGCUAAUAGUGCGACUUCACAAGCGAGACUAAAUGUGAGCACUCCCACAAGUAUCAACGCCACGGAAACGGUACACGAAACGUGGACUGGUUGGUUGGCAGCGUAACAUCUCAGUAUUACUUUGACAUUCCCAACAUUGUACGCGAGGCUCUAAGCUAAUGCAAAAACGGGGGGUUGGGGAAGAUGUACAAAAACUCAGAUUUUAACUGCUACGGAGCUACUGUUUCCAUCAACUCUCUUGCUUCGUCUACUGCUUUCCACUUGUAACGUUAUCCAUGAUCUUGCACGUUGUAAGAAACCAUGGUAUGUCGCUAAUAUACUUCGCUCUACCUGCAACGGCACGGUCUUUCGCAUCUAGCAGUAUUAAAGCGUAGUUCUUUUCUUCUACUAAAGCGAAAGGACGAAGGAAACCAUGCCACCAUUACAAAGCGAUAUAUAGGUAGCAGUGGUUACUAUUUUCGAGCGAAUCGGGUUGAAAACCUCUCCGACAUUUAGUACGACAAGACUUCUAACAUGUAUCUACUUUUUAUACGUAAAAGGAACAAAUAAAACUAUGUGGAGGAAUUUGCUUGUUCGUACUAUAAAUGUUGUUGGAAAGAAUUAUCUGUUUAUGAUUAAAAAAAUAUCCUAGAUGACAGAAAAAAUAAACUUUAAUGACGUUUAAAUUUAAAAUGAAUGUGCAAAUGAAGGCUUUGAGAACAAAAAUAUUCAUUUGUCUCUCGCACACUCAAAUUGAUUCUUGAUCGCUUAUUGAAUGAUUUAAAUCCAAAAUGGAGCAACUCUUAUUGAGUGUUCGGAAAUGCAAAAAAGAGUGAGUCGCAGAGAGUGAGUGAGUGAGAGAGCGAGUUAGUGAGAAAAUGAGUUAGUGAGAGAGUGAGUGAGUUAAAAACUCCAAAGAGUAGUCACAGGAUUAUUUUUUGGUGA